AUGCAAAGUAGGUACUAUCUCGAAAUGAAUUCCAAGGAGAAAGAGAAGCAUGGCCGUUCGGAAGCACGGAGAAACACACUUCAACGUAUGCUCGAUUUAGAGAAGAAGAACAAGCGCAUGCAAGCCUCGACAACGACAGUCAGUCAACCGCUGCGUAAUACCUUCUUUCGCGAAAGGCGUCCGAGUAUUCCUAAUGUAUAUACCUAUGCUCCUCCUCCCGAACGUCCUACCCCAAUCAGACAAUCAGAACGAGCAAUGACUGCUCCAACAUUAUCCGUUGCAAUACCUGCUACGCAGAGCUCCGAAAAGCCUGAGACGAAAAUAAAGACACCUAAAAAUGUAGUUUUAAUUGAGCCGGAAAAGGAAAAAUUGAUGGAAGUUGAAGCAGACGCGGGCGGUUCUGAUGCAUCUUCGAUAUGUCGUUCGCCUGCUUGGGAUGGUGGUGAUGGCAAGCAAAGAAGAACAGCGAGGAAAGAAGCUCAAGAUCUACGCAAGAAGGAAGAAGAGCGGUUAAAGAAGGAAAAAGAAAAGGCCGAAAAGGAGACCCGUGCCGCGGCACAAAAACAAAAAGGACGAUUGAGCAAGACGCCUCCAACCAACAAGCGCUCAACUAAAACAGUUCCGGUAGUUCCAGUAGGCCGAGCCAACUCUGAGCCUGCGGUUCCAGUUACUCCAGAAAUAACACAAUUGGGUCCUGAUCCUGAUGAUGGAAGACGAUCAAGGCGAACGAGUUUGGAUCUUGGACUCAAGAAGCUUAUGUCUUCUUUCAGAUCCAGAUCUAGGUCCACAAGUGCAUCUGCAACACCACGAACCCAAUCUAUGUCGAACUCACCAAAUUCAUCGGGAUUCAUAGGAGGCUCAAAAUUACAACAAUCUAAUGAGAAUCAAGCCCAAAACGAAGCUCGUGACGGAAAAUCUUCAAAUACUAGAACAGCUGGUCACGGUAACAAACCCAGUCAAAGCCGGCCACCAAUCUCACUUGAGAACUCUCGAUAUCGCGCAUUGGAUCUUUUGAGUUCUUCAGGGACUGGUUCAGGGACCGGCUCAGCAGCUGUCGAAUUACCAACCAAAUCGCAAAGCGAGGACACUUCUACUCCCCAUAACUGGGCAGAGCCAGAGUCCAGUAAACAGCCUUCGGGUGAUCUAGAACCAAUCAUGAGUAGAAAUCCUCGAGCCCGAAAGCCGAGUGAAAACUUCAGAUCAGAUCAUAUUACUGAGUCAACUGUGAAUAAGGCUAAGCCUCAAUCGCCUGUUGCUCCUCCAUCUCCAGGAUUUAGGUUUGGUCUGGAAAAACAUCAGACAUCAAAGCAAGAAGUACAAGAACCUUUCUAUUUUCAGAACUUUGAUACCCCUCCUGAACCUGUGAAAUCUGAAGAUAACGAAUAUUUCCCAAAGCAAAAGCGACACGGCAAAUUAGAUCAAAGUAGCUCAUCACAUGACAUCAAAUUGGUCACCGCCCCAAACAAGGAAGUCAUGAGAAGAACACCAUCAAUCCAUAAUGCAAAUGGUCGUAGUAAGUCGAUAUCUAGAGCUAGAAACGAUCCGGAAUCAGUAGAGAGUGGAGAAAGUUUUCGUGCAUUCCUUGGCAGUGAAGGCGCGCCUCCAGGUUUUAAGCUCACAGCACAAGCAUCCCAAAGCAGUAUUCAACCAGAGGAGGCAGUCUCAAGACCACAAUCACAAAAGGGUCCCAUUGCAUCUAGUCAUGAUACAACAUCCCGCCAAUAUCAUAAAAUCCAAGAUACUUGGAAUCAAACUCCCCUUCCUAUCAGACUCAAAGAUGAAGAUGGUAAUACUACUACCCCAAGCGGUCAGGCGGCUCUUAAAGCACAGUCUAAAAAUCCUCAUGCAUCUUUAGCUUCUGCGGACCCCAAUACAGAAGCGGGAGUUGCAGAGCUUCAAAGGAGACUUAGUUUGAAUAAAUCUUCAUCGACUACUGCACUUCAAAAUACUUUGAAUUUUCUCCCAAAACUUAAACAUCAACCGUUACGUCCACGAAAGGCUCAGGAAAAACGACAAACGAGUGAAGAAAAUAACGUGUUGGGAAAUAGAAAUGAGAAUUUUGGAAGAUCUCAUAGCAACGGACAAGGUGGUAUUGAACCAAUGGCAAAAAUGUUUGUUAUUUGUUGUGGAUGCAAAUAUUUUCAUGAUUUGCCGAGUAAACUUUAUGAGUGUAUGGCGAAACCGGAGGCGGUGGUUAAGGAUGAGGGAUUGGGGGUUAGUGGUGUGGUUAGUACGAGGGUUAGUUGUCCUUGGUGUGGUCAUGGUAUGAGUACGAGGUGUUGUGAGGGUUGGGCGGCGGUGGUGGUUUUGAAGGAGAGGUUGCAUUAG